AUGGUAGAUAGGCUCCUCUCUCAACUGCAGACUCUCGUGGACCAUUCCCAUCUUCCGAGUGAUAACACUGUUUCCAGAUCAACGAAUGUUCCUAGAUCCAGCACAGCAAGUACAGGAUUCAUACACAAGAAGCCAAGCGUCUCACUGCUCAGACUCGUCAAACAGUCUCAGUCUGGUGGUGUCUCUAAGACAUGGGCCAAACUACUGCAUCAAUACAAGAAUGAAAUAAAAUUAGCUGAAGAAAACAAAGUAGUCAGGAAGUCUGAGUCAAUAACUCCUAGAGUUCCUACUUCCCAUCCUCGUAAUGAUGAUCGUGGGAGCUACAAUGAUGGGAUGUCACUAAACCAGGAGGAAGGCAGAGGUUACAACUUUUCCCCUCCAAAACAACAACAUCACAACAAUGAGUACAUGCCAUCAUUAGAAGAUAAUGAAGAAUUCUGUAAUUUUUCCUCUCCUAGACAACAAAAUGAUGAUAAUAGUAGAUACAUUCCUCCGUUUGUGGAUAAUGAAGGGGCUUCUAAUUUUUCCUCUCCAAGACCGCAAAAUGAUGACAACAAUGUGGACUGGGGACCUGACUGGGGUCCAGACUUGGACUGUGAUCAAUUCCUGGAGUCGAUCACUCACUUGGAGGCUUCUACUUCAUCAGCGAAUAAAUCAGAGUACUUCCAAACCAACAGAACCUCUCUUCCUAGCAUCAGAGAGUCUCCUCAACAGCAGCCGGAGAUCAAAGACGACUCCGCUGAGUUCAACCACACAAACUUUCCACACUACCAGGAGAUGUUGAGGGUGUUCAGACAGCAGUUUGGGCUAGCCAAGUUCCGCAUGAAGCAGCGUGAAGCACUGAACGCCGCCAUGUUGGGGCACGACUGCUUCGUGCUGAUGCCGACUGGGGGAGGCAAGAGCGUGUGUUACCAGUUGCCCGCUCUGUUGCAGAGGGGUCUCACUGUAGUGAUCAGCCCUCUCCGCUCACUUAUACUGGACCAAGUCAACAAACUCAAGAGUUUGGACAUACCUGCUGCUUGUCUGAUGGGAGAUAACACACAGACUGAGACGAACAGGAUCUAUAGUGAGCUGGUUAGGGUCAACGGACCUGAUUUCCAUCUGUUAUUUGUUACGCCGGAGAAGAUAGUUGCGUCGCAGCGGCUGGUCGGUAUCCUACAAGGGCUGUUCAACAGAGGAUUGUUGGCGAGGUUUGUCAUUGAUGAGGCUCAUUGCGUGUCUCAGUGGGGACAUGACUUCAGGAAGGACUACAAGCGACUAAGUCAGUUGCGUGAACAGUUCCCUGGGGUGCCCAUGAUGGCUCUGACAGCCACAGCCACUCUCAGAGUCAGGAAGGACAUCCUCCACCAGUUACACAUGACUAAUACCAAGUGGUUUGUCUGCAGCUUUGACAGACCUAACCUUGCCUACAGUGUCCGCUACAAGACCAAGAACACUCUGGAAGAGAUUAUUUCCUUCAUCAAAAAACAAUACCUAAGGAAAUCCGGAAUCGUGUAUGGUUUCUCUCGUAAGGAGUGUGAGACGACGGCUCGUGCUCUUCAGGCCGCUGGUAUACAGGCAGAUUGUUAUCACGCUGGGCUCAGCGACAAGCAAAGAGCUAAAGUACAGACUGACUGGGUACUCAAUAAGAUUAAGGUAGUGGUGGCUACCAUAGCGUUUGGUAUGGGUAUAGACAAGCCAGACGUGAGGUUCGUGGUCCACUACACCAUGGCCAAGAGUAUAGAGGGCUACUACCAGGAGGCGGGGCGAGCUGGCCGAGACGGAGACACAGCUGUCUGUAUACUGUACUACAGUGUGGCGGACGUGUGCAAGCUGCGUAAAAUGAUAGAUAUGGACUCUGAAGGAACAAAGUCCUCGAAGGACACUCACAGAGACAAUCUACGACGAAUGGUAGAGUACUGCGAGAACAAGAGCGACUGUCGGAGAACUAUUCAGCUGCACUACUUUGGAGAGAACUUCAAAGGUCGCUGUCCGAACAAUCCGUUACUCGCCUGCGACAAUUGUCUCUGCCAGGAGAGUUACAGAGUGGAAGAUGUGACAGAAGUGUGCAGAGCCAUUGUGAUGAUGGUGGCUCAGAUCUGUAACAAGUCUUUGUUGUUACAGGAGAGUUACAGAGUGGAAGAUGUGACAGAAGUGUGCAGAGCCAUUGUGAUGAUGGUGGCUCAGAUCUGUAACAAGUCUUUGUUGUUACAGGAGAGUUACAGAGUGGAGGAUGUGACAGAGGUGUGCAGAGCCAUUGUGAUGAUGGUGGCUCAGAUCUGUAACAAGUCUUUGUUGUUACAGGAGAGUUACAGAGUGGAGGAUGUGACAGAAGUGUGCAGAGCCAUUGUGAUGAUGGUGGCUCAGAUCUGUAACAAGUCUUUGUUGUUACAGGAGAGUUACAGAGUGGAAGAUGUGACAGAAGUGUGCAGAGCCAUUGUGAUGAUGGUGGCUCAGAUCUGUAACAAGUCUUUGUUGUUACAGGAGAGUUACAGAGUGGAAGAUGUGACAGAAGUGUGCAGAGCCAUUGUGAUGAUGGUGGCUCAGAUCUGUAACAAGUCUUUGUUGUUACAGGAGAGUUACAGAGUGGAAGAUGUGACAGAAGUGUGCAGAGCCAUUGUGAUGAUGGUGGCUCAGAUCUGUAACAAGUCUUUGUUGUUACAGGAGAGUUACAGAGUGGAGGAUGUGACAGAAGUGUGCAGAGCCAUUGAAAUGUUGGUGGCUCAGAUCUGUAACAAGUCUUUGUUGUUACAGGAGAGUUACAGAGUGGAGGAUGUGACAGAAGUGUGCAGAGCCAUUGUGAUGAUGGUGGCUGAGAUCUGUAACAAGUCUUUGUUGUUACAGGAGAGUUACAGAGUGGAGGAUGUGACAGAAGUGUGCAGAGCCAUUGUGAUGAUGGUGGCUGAGAUCUGUAACAAGUCUUUGUUGUUACAGGAGAGUUACAGAGUGGAGGAUGUGACAGAAGUGUGCAGAGCCAUUGUGAUGAUGGUGGCUCAGAUCUGUAACAAGUCUCAGUGGGAUAACUUCACCAUCAACCACCUGGUGGAUGUCUGUAAGGGCAGUCGUUGCAAGAAGGUGGUGGAUAAUGGACAUGACACCUUGGAUGCGUUUGGCAGUCUCAGUGUUUGGGACAAGGUAGAUAUCUGCAGACUGAUCAACAAGCUGGUGAUGGACAGAGUGUUGGAGGAGUACCAUGUCACCAAGUAUGACAACACCAACUCCUACAUCAGACUGGGCCAGAGAGCUGAGAGCCUUGCUAACGGCCGAGACAAGGUUGAGUUCUCCAUACGCAAGCUUGCCAGGAAGAGUUCAGUUGUGAACCCAGCGGAGGGCAAUGAGGCUAUGAGUGAGAUGGAUGCGAUACAUGAGCAGUGCUUCAGUGAGCUGAUGGAUGUCGUAACGGCCAUCGCAGAGGUCAGCGGAGUCAACACAAACACCAUCAUGAACAUACAGUCUCUAAAAGGAAUGUCUCUGAAAUUACCUGAAACCAGAGAGGAAAUGUUGAAGAUUAUCGGUGUGACACAUGCUAACUAUGAAAAAUAUGGCAAAGAUUUGCUUAAAAUCACAAGCAAAUAUGCGGAGGAGAGAAAUAAGCUAAAUUUUGUCGAACCAAAGAAGAAGAGAUCUUUGUCUCCUACGUCCUUCAGGCCACACAACGGCCCUUCAAAACGAAGAAAAUCCUCUACAGAAGACUCUCCGGCAGGAUCCUACAUUGCUCCAUAUGCCGCCAAGAUGAAGAAUAGAAAGUUUAAUCCACGCAAGAAGAAAUGGAAAACAACGAAAUCUAAGAAUGUUAGAGGUGCUAGCAACAGUAGGGCUAACCCCUCUAGUGGCUCUGGCUCAAGCAGUUAUCGAGCAACCGCUAGUGGAAAUCACAACACGUUGCAACCGAACCGGACUCUUCCUCCUACCAAGCGGCCCGGCUUCAUGCCCGCACCAAGAGUGUCCAUGAUGAAUAAGUGAUGUAAAAUGUCAUCCUCAUAACAAAAUAAGAAAUGGAUCUUGGAAAAACGCCAAUCUGUGGAGUUAGACCUAUAUUUCUGAUUUUGAUUACUUUACAUUACACCUGCAGGUGAA